UGUGAGGGUGUGUGAGGAGAAGUAUAUAAGAGCAAGCUCACCAGCUCACUUCAUCAGUAUCGAGGAUAUCGGUCAUCAUCAUGUUUUCAUUUUUUGUGACAGUUCUUGUGCUCAUUCAAGUCAUUGCUACUUCUGGUGGUCAAAGUGUGUCAGAUGAGAGAAAUCAGCAGACAUGUGUGCCUGCUGGUGUUCCUGGAGUACCUGGAUCUCCUGGAGCUAAUGGAGCAUCCGGACGAGAUGGAAUGAAAGGAGAAAAGGGGAUGAAUGGAGAGAAAGGAUUAGUUGGAGAUGCUGGUGCACAAGGAAUAAAAGGAGAAGAAAGAAAAGGAGAGAAAGGACUAAAGGGAGAAAGAGGACUAGUGGGAGAUGUCGGUGAUAAAGGUAAUGCUGGGAAGAUAGGGCCACAAGGUCCACAAGGGAUACAAGGAGAAACAGGAAGAAAAGGAGAAGCUAUGACACUCAACUGGAAACAGUGUGUGUGGUAUAGAAGUGAUUGGAAGAACAGCGGUCUGAUUCAGAACUGUAAUUUUAGGAAACGUGACAGCAAUUCAGCUCUACAUGUUGCAUAUGCAGGAAAUCUCAAGGUUGCAUGCUCCAGUGGUGAGUGCUGUUCUCGAUGGUAUUUUACAUUCAACGGUAACGAAUGCAGUGGACCUAUGACUAUUGAGGGAAUUGUGUAUGGUAGUCCAGCCAAAGAGAAUCCUGCCCGUCACAGACAGAUUGAGGGAUACUGUGAGAACAUUCCAGCAGGUCAAAUCACAAUUGGAUUCAACAUUGGAAACUGUAACAAAUGGAGAUCAACACUGUAUGAUGGCCAUACAGGAUGGAAAUCAGUAUCCCGCAUUAUGAUUGCAGAAGUUCCUCCAUCACAAAAGUGACUGAAUUAGAGAGAAAUUAGAACUUGUGUUCAGUAUUUUGCAGUACAUGUACGUACAGUAUGAGGUAGCUGAAGUAGGAACCUGAAUAGCGCGCGUGCAUGUCUCUUUUUGCCGUAUGUGAGUGUAUGUAUGAUUAAUUCAACAUGCAACUAACAAUCGAUAUCGUCCGUCAGAGCAACGUUAACUCUAGUCUUCUCAUUGUAAUGUACUAGUAAACAUGCAUGUUUCUCUUUGCCAUUAAUCAAUCAAUACU